AUGCGCAACGCAGCAGUGUCGUGGCAGGGGCAGUUCCCCUGUGAUAACUGGGACUGUGAGUGUGUGUUUAAACGCCAGAGCGGGUGCUGCUGUGUCACACAGAGGAUGCACACUCUGGAGGAGCAGGUGUUCAUGCGCCUGAAGGCACUGUGGAAGGAGCUGUCCUACCUGGAGGACAGCGUCACGGAGGUCACAGGUGGGCUGAAGGUGGCCUUCACAGUGUUCAUGGGUUCCACUGCAGGCUGUUUUGGCCCGUUCACCAGCAACGUGCCAAUCCCCUACAGCAUCAUCUCCCUCAACCAAGGCAACGGGUACAACCCUGCCCUAGGUGCGUUCACCGCCCCGCGCUCCGGCCUCUACUCCUUCACCUUCACGGCAUACUCUAACGUGGGGCCGGCGGGGUCGCGCCUCUACCACGAGGUUCGGCUGAUGAAGGACGGCCAGGUAGUGGCGUCGGUGUGGGAGGACAACCGUGAGGACUCCGAGGACAGCGGCACGCAGACAGUGCUGCUAACGCUGCGCCGCGGCUCGCAGGUGCACGUGGAGCUCCUCUCUGGGCGCCAUCUCUGCGCCGACACCGCCGAGCACAACACCUUCUCCGGCUACCUGCUCUACCCGACGCUGGAGGCCUGA